CGUCGGCUGCACGGAGGGACGGGCGGGCGGACACUGUGAGCUGGCGGCGGCGGUGGGCGACAGUCAUCACUGCUCCACGAGCUGCGGCGAUGGGACGCCUUCCGCUGUUGUUGGCCAUGCUGAGUGCGGCAUUCUGCGCCACAAUGGCCGCCACGGGGCCAAAGGUCUCCACCCAGUCCGGUGAUGUCAGCGGAGCCAAACUCAAGUCAUUUGUCGGCAACAGCUACUUCUCGUUCAAGGGCAUUCCGUUCGCUGAGCCUCCACUGGGGCCGAUGCGGUUCCGGGCGCCACAGCCCCACCAGGGCUGGACGGGAGUCCGCGACGCCAAGAAACACGGCAGCAAGUGUCUCCAGUACAGCAUGCUCUCAGCCGGAGCGUUGGAGGGCGACGAGAACUGCUUGUUCGUGAACGUGUACACACCCAGCCUGCCCGCCGAAGGGGAGCACCCGGAGCUACCUGUGAUGGUGUGGAUCCACGGCGGCGGUUUCGUCACCGGCUCCGGGGACGCCGACUUCUACGGACCGGACUACUUCAUGGACGAGCAGGUGGUGCUUGUGACGUUCAACUACCGGCUGGGUCCGUUCGGCUUCCUGACCACUGCGGAUGCCAACGCCCCCGGCAACUACGGCCUGCACGACCAGGUACUCGCGCUCGAGUGGGUGCAGGCCAACAUCGAGGCGUUCGGCGGCAAUCGCGACGACGUCACCAUCUUCGGCGAGUCAGCCGGCGGCGCCAGCGUGGGCCUGCAGGUGCUGAGCCCGCGCUCGCGAGGCCUCUUCGCCAAGGCCAUCAGCCAGUCAGGGGCGUCGUUCUGCAACUUCGGCGCCAGCGGGGAGCCUCAGGGAAAGGCUGCCGAUCAGCUGGCCACCUUGCUGAAGUGCUCUACGGCUAGCAGCCGCGAACUGGUCGGAUGCAUGCGACAGCGGCCCGCCAAAGAGAUCCUCAGGUCACUCGGCGAGAUGAUAAAGGAUGACCCCGUGGUCCAGUUGCCUAUCCACUUCAAGCCGCGCGUAGACCGCGAGUCACAGAUGCCGUUCCUCCCGCGGGAUCCGUACAUCUCGCUUCGCGACGGUCAAUUCAACCUGGUGCCGUGGAUGACCGGCCUGAACCGGGACGAGGCUGCGUUCUUCGUUGGCCAGAAGCGUUUGAAGCCGGAGUCCUUGGCGGCGUGCAGCGGUCGUGACUGGGGCCGCUGGGCGUCCAGUAUCCUCCAGCUCACGGGCGUCACCACCACGCCCGCCGUCGUCGCCGAAAAGAUCUACCGGCAAUACUUCGGCGACGCCGGCUGCGGCGAGGAGAACCUGCAGCCGCUCAGCGACAUGCUCAGCGACCGUUGGUUCACGGCGUGCAUCACGAGCGAGGCGAACCUGGCCGCUGCCCACACGCCGGUGUACAUGUACGUCCUGGACCACAUGGGGCCGGGCCGACAGAAUUUCCUGCGCUUAAUGGCCCUGCUGAUGGGGAAGCUGGAGUCCUACAGGGACCUGGGCGUGCCGCACGCGGAGGACCUGCUGUACCUCUUUAAGCCGGUGUUCGGACCGCCGAUAGCGCGCGACUCGGACGAGCACAAGAUGAUCCGGUUCAUGGUGUCGCUGUGGACGAACUUCGCGCGCCGUGGGUACCCGAGCACUGACGCGGUGCCCAUGCCCAGCUGGCCGAUCUACACGGCCAGCCGUCAGGAGCACAUGCGACUGAACAUGGCACCGUCCGUGGGCCGGGCCGCCUUCAGCGAGCGGGUGGAGUUCUGGAACCAGCUCGACAUCCAGGAGAGCUGGCAUCUGGCGCUCUUUGACGACAACAAACGCGACGAGCUCUGAGAACGCGCGCGGUCGGUGAACCCUCGUCGCACAUGAUUGAGUUACCAGAUACCGCUUGCCUAGCACUGUCAGUGAUUGAGAUAUUGUAUAGAUGAACUACGUUAUGGCGUUCUUUACAACGCCUGGGGCUUGAUUCCGUUUGGAGCCUGUAAGCCAGGCUCACACUGCCAUCAUUGAGUGUGACCCGAUCAAACUUCAUGGGCAUGAAGAGAUACCGCUGCCUGACGGCUGAAAACAGUCUUACGUGAAGUAUUUUUGCAGGCUUCUAUGCCGGUGCACCCGAAUCAACCAAGGCAUCAGUAGUAUAGAUGCAAUACCAUGACAAAAUUCGUAGCAUGAACUGCACUAGUAAGGAGUAUUAUUACUGACCGUCAUUGCUAUAUUCAUAUAUCUAGCCAAAUCAUGCUGCUACAGGUUUUUUGCUACACUUGCAAGAAGCAUAAAAACCUGACUGACAUACGUGUGUAUAUUACCUUUGGCCAAAUACAAGGUGCGGGAACAACACAUUUUGACAUAGACCUAUCGCGGUGAUGGUUUCAGUCAGCUCCCACCGAAGUAUAUCGGUAACACAACCGCUCUUCGGCGUACUUUAAUUACUAGCCCAUAUGGUCAUAUGAUUAUGUGCUGCUUUUCACAGAGCUGUGAAUCAAAGUGUUUCAGGCCAGUUUCAUUGAACCCGGCACUAACCGAAAAAUGAUUGAAUGAGAGUGCUCCACAAUUAUAUGGGCUUUUGAACUGAAAUAGCCAUCUUAAAGACCUUCCGGUGCUAUUUGUAACCCUGCCCUUCUUAAGACCUAAGCUCUUCUAGUCUCUGAGCUAUACAACCGCAAAAAUGGGGAAAAAAUGCGUCGGGAGGAGUAUUUAAAAGUCAUCUUGGCAUCCAUGAUGUCAUAACAACGUUAUUCAGAUCGUGCCAUUCCAUAUGCCAUGCAGCGAUCACAGCCAAUAAAGAUAUCACUGUCGAUGCGUUCA